ACUUGUGAGGGUAUGGAAGCCGGAGGCUGCAAGUGACACGAGUAAGCUUGUAAAGGAAUUGGGGGAGACAUUGAGGAGGGUUGGGUAAGGUUGGGUGAGUGUGAAGGAGAAAAUGUAAGAGUAGGUAAUGGUAGAUGAUCGCACUCAACACUCGAAGCUGGGUCCGAGAAAUAGGGUAUGGACUCAAAGAAGGUAACAUCAACACUCGUGAAGUAGGGUCUAAGAACAAGACUAUAACAACGAUAUCCUUUUUGAGUUCAAGAAUAACUAACAAAAAAACACUUGGUAGAACGUGGAUCAAGUUUAUCAAAACCUGGGCCAAGGUUAUGAACAUAGCAAACGUACCCAAAGAUUUUUGGAGGAAGGGUAAAUGGUGGAGAUGAAGGAAACAAGAUGGAGAAGGGAGAGGAACCAUUGAGAACUGAUGAAGGCAUACGGUUAAUAAGCUGACAAGUAGUAAGAACACCAUCACUCCAAAAUUGUUUAGGAACAUGCAUGUGCAGUAAAAGUGUUCGGGUUACAUCUAACAAAUGACGAGUUUUGCGUUCAGCCACCCCAUUCUGUUGAGGUGUAUAAGAACAUGAAAUUUGAUGAAAAAUUUCUUUUCUACUUAAGUAGCAAAGGCACUAGACUGAUAUUCUCUAGCAUUAUCAGAACGCAAAACUUGAAACCUUUUGUUAAAUUAGGUUUUAAUUUCUUUCCAAAACACUUUGAAUAUGGAAAUAAGUUUAGAUAUUGCCUUCAUCAGAAACACCCAUGUCACACGAGAGUAGUCAUCAAUAAAUGUGACAAAAUACUGAAACUUGUUUGAUUUAAUGUUGAUUGGUCCCCAUAUAUCAAAGUGAACCAAUUCAAAAGACUUGAUACUCGUUUAACAACUCGAGGUACAAAAGACACGAUGAUGUUUACUAAUUCAACAUGCUUCACAAGGAAAGGGAGACACAUUCCUAGAUUCCUAAACUAAAGCUUCAAAAGGGAAAGAGGGGUGACCAAGGUGACAACGCCAUUCUUAAGCAAAUGAUGAGGAGGAUGUAAGGGCUCGGGUGGGUGACUGUUUAACAUCAAGAUAGUACAAACCACCAACUUCAGGCCCCGUACCAAUCUUGUUUCCUGUCUUGAGAUCCUGAAAGACACAUGAAGAGGGAUAAAAUGUCAGUGAAUAUUGAAGACUUUGAGUAAUCUUACUAAUGAACAUCAAACUAAAGGGAAAACUAGGAGCAUAUAGAACAUAUGACAAUGAUAUAGAGUCAGUGAGCUUAGUGGAUCCAAUGCCUAUAACUUUAGCAAGAGAACCAUUAGUGAGAGUAACACUUUUUGGAAAUGUCACAGUAUCUAACUUAGAUAAGAUAGAGGACAAAUUAGUCAGAUGUUCAUUAGCUCUUGAAUCAAUGAUCCAUGGAUUUUGAGUGGAUGAGACAAGACAUGCGGACACUGUAACUGAGUGGGCAAGAGUAGUUAUGAAAGAUGAAACCUGUGUGCGACCCAAAAGCUUAUCAUACUCAUCCUUUGAUACACUAAUCAUAUCUUGGCAAAUGACUUGAUUAGUGAAUCCAGAUGGUCUACCAUGUAGAUCCCAACAAUAGUCCACCAAGUGGUUAGUGCGAUCACAAUGGGUGCACUUACGAGAUUCUUGACCUUGAGUGCGAUUACUUUUGGCAUCACGUCCCCCAUGUAAGCCUCUACCACCCUGGCCUCCACGCCCACCAAGAGCAACAUAGGAGGCAACUGCAUCAUGUAACUGUGACUCAAAUUUAGUUGUCGUGGACGCAGGAAAAAUAUCACAAUUGAACUUGGAGACAAAAACUCCACACAAGAUAUGAGAAAAACCACAAUUCAACUUGAAAAUCCGAGAAACACAAUAUUGAUUGCAAUUCAGAGCCGAUACAAUCAAUUUAGAGCCGAUACAAUGUAAUUCUGACCGAUACAACCCGACGGCCCUGUAUCGGUCAGAAUUACAUUGUAUCGGCUUUGAAUUGCACUAUUUUGACCUGUAUCAGCCGGUAUUGGCUUGGAAUCGGCAUGUAUCGGGUCUGAAUCAGUCGGUAUCUACUCGGAACAGGCCGGUAUCGAUCCUUAUCGGAACCGACUUCAACUUAAACUCAAAACUGGAUUAGGUUAUCCUAAACGAGAAUAAGUAGUCUGGGAAUUACCUUAUCCUUGUUACCAAAUAGGCGUUAUUCCAGAUUAGGAACAAUCUCUUACUCCAGGUUGGGGUUAUCCGCACUUGAAGAUGGGAUUGGUUAUCCUUGCAACCAAACACUACGUCCCUUUGACGUUGCCGGCGACAAGCAGCACUUCAGGCGGCCGCUGACGACAGGGAACUGACCCCUGGUGUCCAAAACCGGAGACGACACCGGAAACUCGCAGGAAACACCUUCAAACACCUAUGGGCCGCCGAAGACGAAUAGAGAAGCCACUAUGCUGCUCGGAGGAUGACGACAAACUCGAAUCCGGCAGCUGCAAACACUGGCAAUUCUGAUGAAUCUCCUGUCGUGGAGGCAUUUGGCUCUUUCGUAAUGGAUAUAUUCUGUGCUGGAAGUGAUAUAGAUUUAUCUGUGAAUUUCAGUAACACGGCUGUUAAAAUUUCUCGACAGAAGAGGAUUGAAACCCUCAGAAAGUUUGCAAAAAAGUUUCACACUCUUCAAAGGGGAGGACAUGUUGCUCGCCUUCAGACAAUCACAAUGGCAAGGGUGCCAGUUGUCAAAGUCAUUGAUCGUGGAACUGGCAUUGAAUGUGAUUUAUCAGUUGAGAAUAGGGAUGGUAUUGCAAAAUCCCAGAUUGUCCACAUGGUUUCUAUGAUUGAUGAAAGGUUUCGGAAGCUUAGUUUUUUGGUGAAAGCUUGGGCAAAGGCACAUAGCAUUAAUAGUUCCAAAGAUCGAACUUUGAACUCUUUAUCCCUAGUAUCAUUGGUUGCCUUCCAUUUGCAGACUCGAGAUCCUCCAAUUCUACCUCCCUUUUCUGCUUUAUUUAAAGAUGGAACUGAUCCUGGAAGUGUGGCAAGAAAUGUUCAUAAUUAUUUGGACUAUGGAAAAAGGAAUAAAGAAUCCUUGGCAGAGCUUUUCAUUACUCUACUUAUUAAGCUAGAAUCAGUUGAGACGCUUUGGAAGGAAGGUCUCUGUGCCAGCUUAUAUGAAGGAUCUUGGACAUCUAAAUCAUGGGAUUCUGAGUUGAACUUUAUAAGUGUUGAGGAUUUCACAGAACGAUCCCAAAAUGUUGCGAGGGCAGUAGGAAGACAAGAAGUUAAAAAGAUCUACGAAUGUGUGCAAUAUUCCCUUGGUUACCUUUUGACCUUUCUAGGUGGCCGGAUGCAGCGACCAACAUUAAGGGAUAUUUUGUUUGGUGUCAAUGCAGUAUCUACUUUACCGGAUAUAAGUACUAGAAAUCCUGUGGACGGUGAAAAUACAGCUAGUCCUGUUCCGAGUAAUCCUCGUCCAAUGAAGAAGCAGCGUAUAAUGGAAGGGCGGAAAGGACAACAGCUUGUGGAAGGCUCGGGAAGAAAGCAGAACUAUGAUGCUUCUCGGUUAGGUACUAAUUUCUACCACAGUACAGGGACAUUUCCUUCUGCUCCAACUCAAUUUCCAAUAGGUAUUGAAGGGUCACAUGUUCAUCUACUAAAUCAACCCAUUAUUUAUCCACAAACUUCACCUUGGUUUGGUGCACCACCAUACAGUCAAGAUCCAAUUUUUCCGAACCAAUACCCGGGACAAUUUAAUUCUUUAUCUCUACAGGACUUGAUAAUUUCUGGCCUUCUACUUGGUUCUUUCUAUCCUUAAUGUUGGUAUGCACUUGACAUGGUUGAAAUGAGAUUGCUCCUUUGAGUAUGACCCGAGAUUUGAAACUGGUUCAUUUUGUAUGAUGUUGUUAUCAUGUUAGGGUCAUUCUUACGUACUGAAAA